AUGGGGGUUGCAAUGGCCCAAACACGACUCACGAGAGGUAGAGCCGCAGCGAUUAGAGCUGCUACUGCCGCUGGUGCUACUACCACCGCUAUCUCCACCGCCGCUACCACUACCACUAUCACCCCCACCACCACGAAGAAGAGGAAGACCAUAUGUGCCGCCCCUCCUCCUCUUACUACUACAGCUACCACAGCAGCAGCGGCCCCCAACAGCCGCCCCCUUCGGAGUUCCAGAAGGCUUGCCUCCGCCCCGGCCAAACCCGCCGCUCCCCCCACCCACGUCCCCGUCAACCUCGGCUCCGAAGACAGUGAGUAUGAGAAGGAGGAAAGUCGAAAGAAGACCCCGGUCCCCACAACUAGCGAGGUCCACGAAACAUUCCCCCAUCUAAGGGAAAUGUUCUUGGACCCAGAGUCGGGGGCCGGGGUGGAGGUGAGGUUGUUACACUGGGAAAUGUUCUCCCAAGCGGCGGGGCGGCAGAAGCUGCUGAGGGCAGCCGAGAACAAGAAGAGGGGGGAAAAGCGAUCCCUACCCAUCCCUGGCCCCAAAGUACAAAGCGACGACGAAAGUGACGUCGAUACUAACCCCAGGUACCCGCGCCGUCGCCCAACGAAGAGACAAAAAAUGGCAACGGGCCCGCCAGCGGGAACGGCGGCUCGCCUCCACUACUUGAUGGAAAACCAGGAGUGGCCCGUACGAGUCAAUGGUGACAAAGUUCGGACCACUACUGGAACUGUCUAUAUGAGACGCGAGUCGCCACCCACUGCUUCACUUCCCAACUCCCUCCUAUCCCCCCUCAAAACCCCGCUGCCCGUCCUCGAGCCUCCACAACGACCGCCUUCACCGAAAACUCCGAGGUACCUCGGGAAUGGAGCUGUCGAGGAUUACAAAAUGUUCUCGAGGGACCAGCACCCCGAGGGGGGGAGACUGACCCGCGUUUGGAGGUUAAGAAAGGAGGGAGGGGUGCCAAAUGGGCUGGCAGAUGUCCCUUGCCAGGGCGAGAAAAGAAAGCGUCCCUCCGUCGAUGAUGAAGGGGAGGGCACCGGUGAUAAUGCGGAAUUGACCUCUCGGCGGGGGGGACGCGAAAAAAGGCGACGGGUCUGUUCAGCGGGUUGGGGUGUGGGGUCGGGGAUGGCGGGGGAAUUGCAGAGGGCAACAAGACGAUAG